UGGUGGAUAUUCUGGAUAGAUUGCAUAAAGUGUGCUAGUAGUAUUGUAUGCAAGAACUUCCUGCUGACACUAUGCGUAGUUUUUCAUUCUGGCAAAAGGAAGAAGAAGUGAAAUGGACAAUUAGUUACAAGAAUAACCAAUACACAGGAUACUUUGCACUAUGUGCUGCGUUAAACUUGUACUUAGAAAAUCAAGGGAAAUAUAUUUUGUCUGCGGAGUUUUUAAAGCAACUUACCGUAUUACAACUGAAGGAGAUAUUGAUGCCAGAGACCCAGUCUCAAGGAGUUAUUCCCUUAUUAUCGGAACGUAUUCAUUGUCUUCGUGAGGCGGGUUGUGUUUUGGACGAAUACUUUCAAGGAAGUGUAUAUCAUCUGAUUCAAGAUUCUCAUGGAAGCUUGGAAACUCUUGUUGACAAGGUUGUUCAUUUUUUUCCAUCCUUUAGGGAUGAAGCCAUGUAUAAAGGCCAUCGAAUAUUCUUUUACAAGAGAGCUCAAAUAUUUGCAGCUGAUAUCUUUGCUUGCCUGGGUGAGGAAGCCCUCUUGUUUAGAGACCCUUACUGCUUGACCAUGUUUGCAGACUAUCGAGUGCCGCAAGUAUUACACAAAAGAGGAAUAUUGAAGUAUUCGGAUAUCUUGACAGCUCAAUUGCAACAAGGCAUGGAGAUUGAAAAUACUGAAGAGAUCGAAAUUAGAGCUUGUUCAAUUGCCUCAGUAGAAUUGAUUCGUAAGGAAAUUCAGGAAAGGAAUCCUCAAAUAUUAGUUUCUAGUCAGUUGAUUGAUUAUCUUCUGUGGAGUGAAGCAAUGAAUAUGAAGAGUUCGUUAGAAUUGGAAAAAACUCCUUUCCACAGGGUAAGAACCAUUUUUUAUUAGAUGGGUUUGGUACUCCCAAAAUAACAAAAUAUAACAUUAUUGACUAUUAAAGUCAAUCGCGUAAAAUAGAAAACACCCACCAUCCAUAUCUGCUGCUAUGCAUAUAUAGAAUUCGUUCUCUAAUGA